CUACACAACAGACUACAGCAACUUCAGAAGCAUAUACAACAAAAGUCACUACUGCCACCAUAGAACAAACAACAUUUGUGUCAGAACCGACUACAAUUUCUACUGAACCGACUAAGAUAAGUGCGAUACAAAUGACAAAUACGACAGAGCCAACUACAAUUACUACAGAACAUACUACUGCAACUACAGAACAAAUUACAGUUAUUACAGAGCCAACUACAGCAACUAUAGAGCCAACUACAUUUACUAUAGAGCCAACUACAGAUACUACAGAACAAAUUAGAGUUACUGCAGAGACAACUACAGCUACUAUAGAGCCAAC